ACAAAAUUCAAGGAAAAUUAGGCCGGUUUUGAUAAUAGGGCGGAUGAUAACCGGUUAGUAAGAAGUAGGCCGGUUCGCACUUCACAGAUUAACCGGUAUCGCUGAUCGACUCGGUUUCGCCUCUUCUUCCGUCUGAUUUAUAGUUGCGGGGAGGUAGAGGAAGAGCAAUCAGAAGAAUAGAAGAAAAUGGUGCUUUCUGACUUCACUGGAGUCGGUGUUGGAUUCGGGUUCGGCGUCGGCUGUGGAUUUGGCGUUGGGUGGGGUUUUGGAGGAGUGCCUGUGAAUGUUUUAGGCGUUGGUGUAGGUGGAGGUUGCGGAGUGGGAUUGGGACUCGGGUGGGGUUUUGGGACUGCCUUUGGUAGUCACUACCGAUCAUCUAGGCUUACUUUUCAAGGCGUCGAGCUAGAGAAGGAGGGUAAAGUGGAAAACAUGUCCAAAAACGCUUAGCAGCCUGUUGACUUUCCAUCCCAAAUCACCGAGUAAAAACAAACUCUGCUCGGAUUUAUUGUAUAAGAAGAAAACAAUGUUUGACGUUUUUCUUAUUUCUCAAUAAGAAUCAUAUUUCAAAUAAUCAAAAA